AUGUCAUCCCUAACCGACGCCGAUUGCGAGAAGAUCUUCGCAGAACUUAUGGCCAGCGCCAUGUCGCAAGCUGGCUAUCCCAGCCCCAACGACGACAGCUCUUCCCACCAGCCCCGAGACCUGGAACAACUCCUUCCCGACAUAGCAAGUAUAGACAGAUAUCACGAAUGGCGACUCAAGCAAAUGAAUCAAGAGGCAGAGGAAGCAGAACGCAUCCGCCACGACCAACCACGUCCAACCGCCGCCGACCUCAUCAAAGCGGUCCAAGAAACCGACUUCCAUGAUGGAGAAUCGCGCGAAACCGUCUAUGACAUACUGAAUUGCAUAGACAAGGGCGCGCUCGAAUGGGGAAUGCAUUGCGACUACCACUUCGGCCUAGUACCUGAUGGGUAUGUCAAACUCAUAUACGAGGAUGAAGACGUGGACUGGGACGAUCAACGCGAGUGGCCGGAAUUCGGAGAUAUACUUGGCAUCAAUAUGUGGAAGAGAGCAUCCGAUACCAAGACCGCAGGAGCCCAGCCCAACGACAUCGAACCGGACCAAUCUGGACUCACGAAUGAGUCCAGAGGGAACGACGCCACGGGCUUUGUGUUUAUGCAGCUGGGCCGGGUGUUCUGUCUUAAAGACUGUGACUUGGAAAGUAACAAACAAAGGGCUACAAGAAACGAAUGGCAGGUAUCCUGGUCUGACUCUAACUUCGUCCUCGUCGUAGCUAUCGAGGAGAACGGAAGAGCAGGCGCGCCGUGGUUGGUGUGUAAUUUCAAUCCAGAAAAUGAUAUUGAAGGCGAUCGCACCAAGAUCCCGCAAUCAAAACGGUUUUGGGGUGAUACUUUAGGAGACUAUAUUCAGUACAAAGCUCUCAAGAUUGCCGACGAUAUUGGGGAGCUCAGACGAGGGAAGGCAUGGGAUGUUACGAUGAAGUUUGGCAGCGAGUCUGACAUACAAGUCGUACCCGCCGUCUUUGAUGGAGAGGGGAAAGAGAGGAGGCUCUUGCGACAAAAGGUUCGCAAGGAAGAGCUUACGGAAUGGGUUGAGGUCUAA